UUUGAUCCUUUGUGGAGUUCCUUGCAAGUCUCUUUUUUUUUCUCCUUAUUCAUAAUUUUCAAAAAAAAUAAAAAAAAUUUACCGAUCAUAGCUUUAGAUUAAUGUGUUAUUGGAAGUAAAGAGGAGCUAGUAUCAUGCGUGCAGGUGUCAAAGUGAUCUUCAUCAGCCUUCCAUUCCUUUCUCUCUUUGCUAGCUGGCUUCCAUACAGAGCUAAAGGCCUUCUCCUUUUGUUCCUCUCGCUAUAUUUUAUUAUUGAGCAGUCAGUACCGGUGCUUUCCGCAUAUAUUUUCACAAAUUAAGGCCGGUGGAAAAUGGAUAUCAUAAGUGCUGCUGGACCCAUUAUAUCCAAGAUAGAAGAUCUCAUGGUGGAACCAGUAGGAAGGCAGUUCCGUUACAUGUUCUGUUUCAACAAUUUUGCUCAAGAAUUCAAAGAACAAAAGGAGAACCUGGUUUCGGUAAAAGAUCGUCUGCAAGAUGCUGUCCGAGGUGCUGAAAGGAAUGCUGAAGAAAUUUACAAAGAUGUCAUCAAAUGGCUGGAAGAUGCAAACAACGGAAUUGAAGGUGCGAAGCCUUUGGAAAAUGAAAUAGAAAAAAAUGGCAAAUGCUUCACUUGGUGUCCAAACUGCAUGCGACAAUUCAAGUUAAGCAUGACACUGGCCAAGACGUCGGAGACUUUCAGAAAACUACAAGAAACUAGCAAAAAGUUUACAACAGUUUCCUGCAAAGCUCCUCCUCAGCCCAUAGAAUUUCUUCCAUCAAAGGAAUUCAUGUUCUCAAAAUCGUCAGAAGAAGCUUUCGAACAGAUUAUGAAAGCUCUCAAAGAUGACAAUGUCAAUAUGAUCGGACUGUACGGCAUGGGAGGGGUGGGUAAAACCACCCUGGUGAAUGAAGUGGGCAGGAGAGCCAAAGAGUUGCACCUUUUUGAUGAAGUUUUGAAAGCUACGGUGUCCCAGAAUCUAAAUGUCACAGGCAUCCAGGAUCAAAUGGCAGAUAGUUUAGAUCUGACUUUUGUCAAGAAGAGUAAAGAAGGGAGAGCAAAUGAAUUAUGGCAGAGACUGCAGGGAAAGAAGAUGCUUAUAAUCCUGGAUGAUGUUUGGAAAGAUAUUGACUUGAAAGAGAUAGGGAUCCCAUUUGGUGAUGCUCACAUGGGUUGUAAAAUUCUUCUAACAACACGUCUUCAAGACAUAUGUUCUUAUAUGGAGUGCCAGCCAAAAGUGUUCUUAAGUCUCUUAUCAGAAAAUGAAGCAUGGGCUUUAUUCAAAAACAAUGCAGGUUUACGUGAUGAGGACUCGGACUUGAACAGAGUGGCAAAGGAGGUUGCGAGAGAAUGCCAAGGCUUGCCGAUAGCACUUGUGGCAGUGGGAAAGGCUCUAAAAGAUAAAUCUGAACAUGAGUGGGAAGUAGCAUCUGAAGAGCUCAAAAAAUCUCAAUCUCGGCACAUGGAAAAAUUUGAUGACCGAAGAAAUGCAUAUGUAUGUCUUAAAUUGAGCUAUGAUUAUUUGAAGAACGAGAAAACCAAGUUAUGUUUCUUGCUAUGCUGUUUAUUUCCAGAAGAUUACAACAUUCCAAUCGAGGGGUUGACGAGAUACGCAGUUGGCUACGGGUUAUAUCAAGAUGUGAAGUCCAUUGAAGGAGCAAGGAAACGAGUUUAUAUGGAAAUCGAAAACCUCAAAGCUUGUUGUAUGCUGUUAGGAACAGAAACUGAAGAAUAUGUGAAAAUGCAUGACUUGGUUCGUGAUGUUGCUAUUCAGAUAGCAUCAUCAGAAAAAUACGGAUUCAUUGUAAAGGCUGGCUUUGGGUUGAAGGAGUGGCCAACGAGCAAUAAAAGCUUUGAAGGCUGUACAGUAAUCUCGUUAAUGGGCAAUAAACUAACAGAUCUUCCUGAAGGAUUGGUGUGUCCACAGCUCAAAGUUCUAUUAUUAGAACUGGAUCGUGGUUUGAAUGUUCCAGAGAGGUUUUUUGAAGGGAUGAAAGCAAUAGAAGUAUUGUCUCUAGAGGGAGGGUGUUUGUCAUUGCAAUCACUUCAAUUCUCGACGAACCUUCAAUCGUUGCUGUUGAGAAGGUGUGAAUGCAAGGACCUCAUUUGGUUGAGAAAGCUGCAAAGACUUCAGAUUCUUGGUUUCAUGUGGUGCGACUCCGUUGAAGAAUUACCUGAUGAAAGGAUUCCUGUGAAUUUGAUAGGAAGGUUGAAGAAGUUAGAAGAACUGUUGAUCGGGAGCUUCAAGGGAUGGGAUGUUGUUGGAUGUGACAGCACAGAAGGAAUGAAUGCAAGCCUAACAGAGCGAAAUUCACUGUCUCAUUUAGCUGUAUUAUCAUUGACGAUACCGAAGGUUGAAUGCAUUCCCAGAGAUUUUGUUUUUCCCAGGUUGCUCAAAUAUGAUAUAGUGUUAGGGAAUGGGUAUUCAAAAAGAGGAUACCCAACCUCGACAGGAUUAUAUUUGGGUGGUAUCAGCGCCACAUCCUUAAAUGCAAAGACAUUUGAGCAGUUGUUUCCUACUGUGUCUCAAAUUCAUUUACGCGACGUUAAGAGUUUAGAAAAUAUAGAAUUGCCCUCUGGCCAUGGGUCGCAAAAAGACUUCUUACAAAGAUUAGAAAAUGUCGAAGUGAAUGAAUGUGGGGAUAUUCGCACUCUGUUUCCAGCAAAAUGGCGGCAAGCUUUGAAAAAUCUAAGGAGUGUGAAAACUUAUGAUUGCAAAUCAUUGGAAGAGGUAUUUGAAUUUGAUGAGGCUGAAGAAGGAAUUAACGAGGAGAAGGAGCUGCCGCUACUGUCAUCUUUAACAACGUUACGGUUGUCAUAUUUACCUGAGCUCAAAUGUAUAUGGAAGGGACCCACUAGACAUGUCAGCCUUCAAAGUUUUACUCGUCUGGAGUUGUCAUCUCUUGACAAACUGACAUUUAUCUUCACACCGUCCCUCGCUCAAAGUCUUAUUCAUCUGGAAACACUUGAGAUAUUCGGUUGCCGUGGAUUGAAGCGUCUUAUCAGAAAGAAGGAUGACGAAGGGGAAAUAAUUCCAGAGUCUCUUGGCUUCCCAAAAUUAAAAACUCUCUCUAUAAGUGGCUGUGAAAAACUGGAAUAUGUCUUCCCUGUUUCCGUGUCUCCAAGUCUUCAGAACCUGGAAGAGAUGAAGAUUCAUUUUGCUGACAAUUUAAAGCAAGUAUUUUACAGUGGAGAAGGAGAUGACAUCAUCGUCAAGUCUAAAAUUAAAGAUGGCAUCAUCGACUUCCCUCAGUUAAGAGAAUUGUCUCUUUCAAAGUGCAGCUUUUUUGGUCCAAAGGAUUUUGCUGCCCAAUUGCCUUCUUUGCAAUGUCUAAGCAUCUCUUGCCUCGAAGAAUGGGGUAAUUUGUUGGCACAGCUUCGAUUGUUUCCUACUGUGUCUCAUAUUGAUUUUUGGAGAGUGGAGGGUUUAAAAAAUAUAGUAUUGUCCUCUGAUCAGAUGACCACCCAUGGCCAUGGGUCGCAAAAGGACUUCUUUCAAAGAUUACAACAUGUAGAAGUGAGAAAAUGUGGGGAUAUUCGCACUCUGUUUCCAGCAAAAUGGCGGCAAGCUUUGAAAAAUCUAAGGAGCGUGGUAAUUAAAAAAUGCAAAUCAUUGGAAGAGGUAUUUGAAUUGGGUGAGGCUGAUGAAGGAAGUAAUGAGGAGAAGGAGCUGCCGCUGCUGUCAUCUUUAACGGAGUUACUGCUGUCAGAUUUACCUGAGCUCAAAUGUAUAUGGAAGGGGCCCAUUAGACAUGUCAGCCUUCAAAGUCUUACUCGUCUGGAGUUGUCAUCUCUUGACAAACUGACAUUUAUCUUCACACCGUCCCUCGCUCAAAGUCUUAUUCAUCUGGAAACACUUGAGAUAUUCGGUUGCCGUGGAUUGAAGCGUCUUAUCAGAAAGAAGGAUGACGAAGGGGAAAUAAUUCCAGAGUCUCUUGGCUUCCCAAAAUUAAAAACUCUCUCUAUAAGUGGCUGUGAAAAACUGGAAUAUGUCUUCCCUGUCUCCGUGUCUCCAAGUCUUCAGAACCUGAAAAAGAUGAAGAUUCAUUUUGCUGACAAUUUAAAGCAAGUAUUUUACAGUGAAGAAGGAGAUGACAUCAUCGUCAAGUCUAAAAUUAAAGAUGGCAUCAUCGACUUCCCUCAGUUAAGAGAAUUGUCUCUUUCAAAGUGCAGCUUUUUUGGUCCAAAGGAUUUUGCUGCCCAAUUGCCUUCUUUGCAAUGUCUAAGCAUCUCUGGCCUCGAAGAAUGGGGUAAUUUGUUGGCACAGCUUCGAGGGUUUAUGAAUUUGAAAGGCAUAUCUAUUGAAAACUUGGAAGGAGUACAAGAUUUAAUGCAAGUUGGAUAUUUGGUAACUAAUAGAAGAGGUGGGCAUGAACUUUCACUUGUGAGUUUGGAAGCAUUACACUUGAACUUAUUGCCAGACUUGAGGUGUAUUUGGAAGGGUCUCGUGCCAAGCAAUUUGACUACUUUGAAGGUGAAAAAGUGUGACAGACUGACACAUGUAUUCACAAUCAACAUCAUUGCUAGUCUAGUCCAACUUGAAGUUCUAAAGAUAUCAAAUUGUGAGGAAUUGGAGCAAAUCAUUGCUAAGGAUAAUGACGAUGAAAAUGAUCAGAUAUUGUCAGGAAGUGAUCUCCAAUCUUCAUGCUUACCUAAAUUGGAAGGAGUACAGGAUUUAAUGCAAGUUGGAUGUUUGGUAACUAAUAGAAGAUGUGGGCAUGAACUUUCACUUGUGAGUUUGGAAACAUUACACUUGAACUUAUUGCCAGACUUGAGGUGUAUUUGGAAAGGUCUCGUGCCGAGCAAUUUGACUACUUUGAAGGUGAAAAAGUGUGACAGACUGACACAUGUAUUCACAAUCAACAUCAUUGCUAGUCUAGGCCAACUUGAAGUUCUAAAGAUAUCAAAUUGUGAGGAAUUGGAGCAAAUCAUUGCUAAGGAUAAUGAUGAUGAAAAUGAUCAGAUAUUGUCAGGAAGUGAUCUCCAAUCUUCAUGCUUCCCUAAUUUGUGUCGAUUUAAGAUUAGAGGAUGCAAUAAGUUGAAGAGUCUCUUCCCGGUAGCCAUGGCUUCAGGUCUCAAAAGGCUUCAAUCACUUGAAGUAAGAGAAUCCUCUCAACUAUUGAGAGUAUUUGGGCAAGAUAACCAUGCUUCACCUGCCAAUAUUGAGAAGGAGAUGGUGCUCCCUGGUCUGCAGUUGCUGAUUCUAGAAAAAUUACCAAGUAUUGUUUGCUUUAGUCAUGGAUGUUAUGAUUUCUUAUUCCCUCGUUUGGUGAUGUUGUUGGUGCGUCAAUGUCCAAAGCUGACCACAAGAUUUGCUACUACAUCAAAUGGUUCAAUGAGUGCUCAAUCAGAGGUAUCUCAAGUAGUUGAGGAUUCAAGCACUGGUUGCUCCGUGCCAACCACCACUUCUAGAAUGUGUACUCGAAAUAAUGGGUGGUGGGACGAGGUCGAGGAGGAGGAAGAGGAAAAAGAUGAGGAUGGAGGUGGUCAUGAUAAUUAAGUCAGAUGUUUUGGUGAUUUCACGGAGAUUCAGCUAUGGGAUACAAUUUGGCUUCACAUUGUAUAACAGUCUUAUUUACCAUAAAACUCCCAAAACAAGGUUAUUAACUUAUCUAUCUAUGUGUUUGCUGUGUGUGAAGUUAUUUAUUGUGCGAACCUCAAGAAAUAAGGGCUUCUGUUUAUUUGCCCAUUUGUGUUUCUUUUUCAAGUGUCUGAACCUUAAAAAACAAGGGUAUAAUGUUUACUCAUUUGUGUGCUUAUUGUUUAA